AUGCUUCUUCAGAAGGUCUUGUUGGCUGCUGUGGCGGCUAGCACGGCUUAUGCUAGCCCGUGUAAGCCAGUCACUGCUAGAACGUCUGCGCUUGCAUCUGCCGGGGCAUCCUCUACCGAUGCAACCAAGGAGACUGAUACCGUGACAUCUGGUAUUGAGCUGCCGACUUACUCCAUGUCGACUGCGGUGGAGUCUGCUACAUCCGGCGCAGUGACCAGUGUUGACUCUGCUUCCACUUCAGAGAGCCUCGUGUCGGUCUCGCAGACUAGUGAUGCUGAAGCUUCCAACACCGAUACAGUCACCUCUGAGGCCUUCUCAGUUGAUACCACGGCUACUGACUCCGCGAGCACUAUUGCUACUGGCGUUACCACUGAUGCUCUCACUGAUGACUCUACUACGGACUACAGCGUCACCGAAACGACCCAACCAACAAGCGAACUGGCUCCAACUGUCACGACCGAGGCCACCGGCUCCUCGACUGAAACGACCCAGCCUACAACGGAGCCAGCAACCACACUCACCACAGAGCUCACCAGUUCCGUUACUGAUGUCUCCACGACCGAAUACACUAUCACCGAAGGUGCAACAACCACGGCCGACUUCUGCGCUGAGCAUCCUGCCGUGAUCUCAAACCUGGCCUUUGACCCGACUGCCUCACCUUUCUGCGUCAGCUACCUGUCCAUGCCAACUCACACCGUUACCGAGUAUGAGACUACCGAUCCCACAAACGUUUACCAAGUCGACCUCACCACCGUCACGGCGGAUGCUCUUACCCGCGUUGAAACUGGAUACGAUGGUGUCACUGUGCUCUCAACAUACUUCACGACCACAACCGAGUGGUCAAAGGCAACCGUCACUUCCACACGAUCCGUCGAGACAAUUACGUGUCUUUCUUCGGCCUACUCCUACACAACCCCUGUACCCACCUUCGAUAGCGGCAGUGGUACUCCCAGUAAACGAAGCGAUGACGCCGCCGACAUUCCUUUGGGAUUGCCGCGCGACUGGAGUGAAGCCCAAACAUCGGAUAUUUGCUCUUGUCUCGAGUUUGAGGCACCUACAACCACGACAGUUAUUACCCAGACUAUUGAACCUACAACCUUCAUCACAGCUUCCACUGAUGUUGUCACUCCCAUUGAAGAAUAUACCGAUAUUAUUACAACUACGUCAGUUGAAGUUGUGACUUCAACAGUGACCGAGAAGAGAACCAGUACAACGACAGGUUGGGUCGUCGAGACUACAUUCGCUGACAACAACGACAUUUAUUACCGUCGCUUCAAUUGCCCCUUCAACGCUAAUAUAUACGAUGAUGGAUUUACGACCAAUUACUUCAAGGGCAAGAACCCUUUGUCAUCAGGCUACACGCAAUCGCUCGAGUUCAGUACAUGCACUAGCAUGACCCUGCCUGGCAGCGGAACAUUCGACCACUCCCAAGCAGCCCUUGUUGUCAACGCGUACUUCUACGCCAAGGAGACAGGAACCUACACAUUCUCUGUACCCGACACUAUUGACAACUGGGGCUAUCUUUGGCUUGGUGAUGCGGCGUAUUCUCGGAAUCAGGGAGCCUGGGCUAUUCAGGGAACGAGAACAGGACAGAACGCGAACCUUUGGAGGGGAGGGUCUUUCCCGAUCGCGUUGAAGAAGGGUGACGCUAUUCCGUUUACCUACCUCUGGGCUAAUGGUGGCGGCUGCGCUGGAAACAGUCUGAAUGUCCGCACACCUGGCGGGGUUGUUGUCCCAGGUAUGAGAGGCUCGACUGUGAAGGCUUGCAAUGCUGGCCAGUUCGCUUGA